AUGGAGUCACCCGACAAGAUCAAGGUGGCUGUCAUUGGAUCUGGAUUGGCAGGUCUAAGCACAGCGUACCUACUCUCUGGCAAUGAUCAAUACGAGCCCCAUUUAUUUGAAAAAGGCACCAAACUAGGCAUGGAUGCUGCAUCCAUGUCCAUAGGCAACAAAAAGGAUGAAUUCAGAGUCGAUGUUCCGAUGCGAUCAUUCAUGUCUGGCUAUUACAACCACCUUGUUCGACUCUACGAUCACUUGGAGAUUCCUAGCUUGGCAGCCAAAUUCAGCUUUGGUUGGUAUCGGAUCGGAUCGCCGAAUGAGACUGAACCCAUACAAAUGCCAGCCGACAAGUUGGCAUCGCAUACCAGCAACACGUCGCAUCUUGUAUACAGUGGAUCGCGGACCGUAGGGUGGAUCGAGUCAGCAGGACCAGCAGCAGAAAGUGUAGCCGACUAUCUUGCAGGAUGGAUGAUGGCAUUUUGGAAGAUGUAUGUGGUGGCAACGUCGUAUCUCUAUCUCAUGAUCAUGUCGCUUUGGCUCUAUCAUCGAGGUCAUCUUCAUAAUCAACAGCAUCCAGUAUUCAGCAUGACGCUUGGCAAUUGGUUUGAACACCAUCGCUUCCAUCCUUAUUUCAUCCAUGAGGUGUAUGUGCCCCUUUUCGCAGCCGUAUGUACCAACUCCUGGAAGUCCAUGCUUGAUUAUCCUGCAGCUGAUAUCCUUGAAUACAUGGCGAUGGGACUCUUCCAAGAAUCAUACGUGGUGUCUGGAGGUGUACGCCGAGUAGUGGAUCGAUUGUCAGCGCCCUUGAAACACAUUCAUCUCGAGACUCAGAUUGUAAGCAUUCGGCCGAGUACGACUCCUGGCUAUCGACUUGAUUUACAUGAUGCAUCAGGCAACGUUCACCCCUUCCAUCAUGUUGUCUUUGCCACGCAAGCAAACCAAGCAUGCCGCAUUUUGAGAGGAUGUAUCGAGGAAUUACUUGACAACCAUGAUGAUUCGGUGGCACAUCAAGAAUUAUUGCAUGAUAUUCAAUCAUCGAUCGGGAUCCUACAACGAUUUGAAUAUGAUCGAGCUGUAGUUGUCAAUCAUACCGACAAGCGAUUACUCCCCGAUGAUCCAUGCCAUUGGCGUUCACUCAAUCUCGCCUCCUUGGAUACUUCAGUACAACACACAACCUCCAGCGAUUGCAUUGUUCCAUACCCACACGAUACAACAAUGACAACCCACAUCCUUAAUCUCACCCAUCAUGCCCGUUUCGACAAUGAUACGAUCCUUUAUAUGCAAACAACCAAUCCAUGCAUCUCACCAGAUCCAGCUCAUGUCCUUUCUACAUCGUGGUUUGAACGUGCUACUGUUACACUGGAAUCCAAACGUGCUAUUCUUGAUGGAUUAUUCACGCCUAUGAAUACAUCCGAUGUGCGUUCCUUACAAUUGGGUCGGUGUCAAGGUCCGAGUGGAUUAUGGUUUGUAGGGUCCUAUAGUUGGCCUGGUAUCCCAUUGCUGGAAGGAUGUGUGGCAAGUGCAGAAAUGGUGGUCACCAAAGGCAUUGCUGCUGAAGAAAAGGUUCCUCUCGUCGUACCUUGGUAA